AUGGGGCUUGGGUCCUUAGGAAGGACGGUGCAGCGUGUGGGAGACCGUGAGGCUCGGUGGGUGAUUAAAAGGUUCAUUUCCACUGACGUGGAUUGGGAUGCUCAGCGCCAAAUUUUGUUGUGUGUGUUGAAGAGAAUGAUAGUACACAAGCUGGAUGGGGAGAAAACUUGGAUCUUCAGAGUUCUGAUGACAAAUAAAGAAGUACUACUCUGUUUUUAAGUUCCAAGAAAAAUUACAAAGCUUGCAAAGACGAAAGGAAAAAGGACACAGUCAAAUUACGAAGCUUUAGGUAUGGCUCCAAUGGAAGAAGAGUAUUUUAGUGAUUCAAUGAAAGCUAAGCUAUUGGCAUUCAAAGCUAAUAGGGCAAAGAUAAGAUAUGCUAAUACAUACAGACUGGAGUCACAUAAUAAAUUCCGGGAUUAUUUAGUAAGAGACAAAGCUCAAGCAAUACUAACGAAUAAACUUCAACAAGCCAAGUACGAUGGAGUUUCUAGUCCCUCCUUGUGUGCUUCAAUCUCAGAAGAAAUAUUACAGGCUGUGAAGGAAUUGGACUUUGACCGUUAUAAGUAUGUGGUAUCAGUACUAAUUGUGGAAAAGGCAGGUCAGGCAAUAAAUGUUGCCAGCAGAUGGGUCUGGGAUGUUCAGAGAGACACUUGGGUUUCCGCUGAAUGUGAAACUGAAACGUUUAUUGCGCUGGCUUUGAUAACAGCUUGUUAUUACGAGUAA